GACCUCUCCAUCAUCUAAAGUGACGACCGUUUAAUUCCCUCCGCCUCACUGGGUAUUGAUCUUUCCUAGUACCUUGCGACAGUGCACUUGUGCCCACCGCUAUUUUCUCUUGGUAUUGGUGCAGCUACCUUGAUUACUUACCGCUCUCUAAGUUCUUGUCGACCUUACCCGCCCCUGGCGAGCUGAAAUCAUCGACGAGAUUGAUAAUCACCACCCGUGCUGGCGUCCCUGCAAAUCAACCUAAUCGUGUAUAGCCACCCAUCCGUUGGGCUCUGCUGUCAUGUCUGAGGCAACUAGCACAAAUACUCCGAAGCCGAGUAGUAGCGUGAAGCUGGUACUUUUGGGCGAGGCGGCAGUUGGAAAGUCAUCGCUAGUUCUGCGAUUUGUCAACAAUGACUUUCAAGAGAACAAAGAGCCGACUAUUGGAGCUGCCUUCCUGACUCAAAAAUGCUCCCUCCCGACCCGGACAAUCAAGUUCGAAAUCUGGGAUACAGCCGGUCAGGAGCGAUUCGCCUCGCUUGCCCCCAUGUACUACCGUAACGCCCAGGCGGCGCUAGUAGUCUACGAUGUCACCAAACCAUCUUCCCUUACAAAGGCCAAACACUGGGUCGCCGAACUACAGCGGCAAGCCAGCCCCGGGAUUGUGAUCGCUCUCGUCGGCAAUAAGCUGGACUUGACAAACGACGGGAACGAAGCUUCUGGGGAGCCACAGGUGGAUGGCGAACAGCAGCCUCUUACUGCUACCGCUGACGGAGAUGAGGCGGCUGGUGAACCCCAGGAGGAGCAAGAUGCCACGCCUGGAGAUGCCCGGAAGGUCUCGACACGGGAGGCUAGUUCAUAUGCGGACGAAGAGGGCCUACUGUUCUUCGAGACUAGCGCUAAGACAGGUGUGAAUGUUGUGGAGGUCUUCACCGCAAUUGCCAAUGCUAUCCCAGAGAGCAGUUUGAAGAGUGGACGCGGAGCUGGCGCCGGUACGGGUCAGACUACUUUGGGAGGUGGCCGUCCGGCGGAGGACUCACGAGUCAACCUGGGAGACCGGUCUACUGCCACGGCUAAAGAAGGCUGUGCUUGUUAAUUUCGGCUGCGCGUCUGCUCUACAGUCCGUAAUGUUUGUUCAUCCGUGCAGCAAUCUCGCGACUAGGUUUGAUUACAGAGUAAUUACCUAGGACCUUCGGGGCUGUGCCACAAAGCAUGGUGUGUCAUCAUUGUAGUUUCUCAUAUCCCGGCGUCAACCUGUGUUUUUGUUUAUGUUUUGUGCUUCAUGCCAGGUCUUGGCACCUUUUAUUUUCUGUUCUGUUCCUUUUUUU